AUGGCUGCCAGCGACACAGCCGCGCCCCCGGCCCUGGGUGGCAGAGCCGACCGACCCUCGCCUCUCCCCACGGCUCAAUCCAAGCGAGAUCGAAAGCGCCAGGUCGUCAUGGAACGCCUCGCAGUCUUGACCGAGAGGUUCCAGCACGACAAGGACUCGGCCUACCGUGACCAGCUGCAACGCAUUCAGUUCGAGCUCAACAAACUCCAAAAAGUCGACCCCUACGCCGCCAAUGCCGUCGAGGCUGCAAGCGAGGUCCAGAGAGAAUACAAGCAGGCCAUGGGCACUCCUGGCCGUGCCGAAAAUGCCCGCAGCCUCAUUGAUAUGGCCGGCAUGAAGUUCCCACAGUUCAUGUCCGACGUGCAGGAUGUUCUGGAGACCCGCGACUUCACCCUCACCCAGUCCAAGGACGAAUACGACCGCAAGGUGCAGGAGUACAAGACCACGCACACGUUCAAGGUCGUCACGGCAAAGCGAGAGCACGAAGCGCUCAACAGCACGAUGCGUGAUCGUCUCAUUAACCAGCUGAAUACCAAGAAAGCGCGGCUGAGCAAGGAGAAGGAAGCGUUUGAGAUAAGCGACACGAACGCUCUGCUUCUCAACCCAGCUCAGUUCAGCCUCACCAACCCGGGCAGCCCUGGCGGCCACCCCGGCAAGAGGUCGACGCGCAAUCGCAAGGAUGUUGACGACAGUCACGCCUACGGCGAGAACAAGAAGCGGAAGCGCAACGGCGGCGACGAAGAAGGCUCCCCGGUGCCAACACGACGGGCCUUGGAGGCCAACGCCACCACGCCCUACUGGCAGUCGGAGAAGGCCCGGAACGAGGCUAGGAAGCAUGGAGCCGUCUACACCAUCACCAGCCUCUUCACAGAAAAGGAGCUGGCAAUGUACUACAACGCUUCGGCCCUCGCGGCCCACAACUACAUUCUGCGCCACCGCGUCAACGGCAGCGCCUCGUCUCCCGAGGGUAGCGACUCGGGCUUUGGAGACAACGACGUGGGCGAGGGUGAGGCGCCGCUCGCGGCCCCUGCCAUGGAGCGGCAGGUGUCGCAUGCUACACGGAGCACGCGGGUCGCGGCAAACCAAAACUCUGUCGACGACAAGGGACUCGGCGUCGACACAAUCGGCAGCCAUGAGCUGGCCGCCAACCUGGAGAUACUGCACACCCCGGAAUGCCCACCGAAGAUGCCCCAAUCACUGCCCACCCAAUACGUCAAGAACCCGUUGAGAGGCUCGGAGACGUCUGUGCCAGGCACGCUGUCCGAUAAGGAAGUGACUGCGGACCUGCAAAUCAUCGCUGGCCUCAAACAAUACGACUCGACCCGCAAGCCGGGCAGUCACCUGGAAAACCCCAAGGGAGUCCGCAAGACGUUGGAAGCAGCUUCGGCCCCCUACCAGGUCAGCCGGUUCGGCCCGUUGCUUCGUCCCGGUUACUCGGGCAUACCACCACCGGAGUCGAUGCGCGACCCUUACGGCAUCAGCGCCCUCAUCAGCAACGUGCGCGACCUUUCUAGCCCCGGGCGCGGCAGCCAGUCUUUGAACGGCCAGUUGGCUGCGGCACCCAUGAGUCGGCAGAGCAGUGCCGGCGGCGUGGCUAUGAGUCGACAGGGCACCGCGGGCAGUGGCCGAGGCAAGACUCGCAGAGGCUAG